CUGUCCCCAGCACAUUUCAAACCAAACUGACGCCCAUUAACUUACCCGUAUCUCCAUCUGGAAAAUAAUUCGAUUUCGUAUUUUUGACCCUCUGAACCGUUGGACAUGCCUCGGCAUGAGACGAGACGGCUUGACCAUGGGACGCUCCAGGCUGCGGCCAUACCCGCCUCCUCCUUCUUGGAAACCGCAACAGCUGUUUUCAGGUUUCAACAUGUUUUGCGCUGUCCUGUGUUUCCUGCUCCUCCUGCAGCUCUCUGCCUCCGAAAAGCCAGAGGAGUUAACGGUGAAGCCCGAGCAGGACGUUACUCUCGUGUGUCGGGCUCUCUCAGACGUCCCCGUCACUCUGCUGGAGUGGAACAGACGAGACCUGAAGGACGACGGCUACGUCUUCUUCUACAGGAACCAGCAAGCUUAUGAGAGGUACCAGCACCCGCGUUACCGGGGCCGGGUGGAGCUGAGAGACCCGGAGAUGAGGCACGGAGACGUCUCCGUUGUUCUGAAGGACGUCGGCGUCAACGACACCGGGACGUACGACUGUCGGGUUAUAAUCACCGGGGGCAACGAGAGAAGGCAGCUCAUCAGCCUGACCGUAGCUGACUCCGAUCCCCCAGCUGGACAGGAGGGCAGAUAUCCUGGACUCGUGGUCAGUCUGCCAGUUGCUGCAGUCCUUCUUGUUAUUCUUCUUCUCAUUUCUGUCUCUUUGUAUUAUAUCAUGUAUAAACGGCGUAACGGUCCCACCAAGAAUCCUUCAUACAAAGCACCGAGGUGACCUGAGUGUCUGAGUCCUCCGUCUGAAAGAAUCAACAGUUAAGAAGAGAAAAAUCUGUUCAAUAAGAGUUAAGGUUGUAGAAAUGAUGAUCCAGCCGUUAGCACGCUCAUAUCAGUCGUUUGUGAUUUUCAUAAUAUCCAAUCACACCUUUUGACUUCUCAAGCUUCAGCCUCUGAAAACUGGAAUGUGUUCUACUAUCUGUAAUGAAAGCUUGCUAAUGUUCUCCUGACAGUUAAAUAAGCUCGUUAAUGUUCUCCUGACAGUUAAAUAAGCUCAUUAAUUUUCUCUGUUUCACUGACAAAUUGAAAUGGUAAUGUUCAGACAGCUAAUUGAAUGUAUAGAUGUGUAACAUUUCUGAAUGUUUUCUUUAUGUUUCACUUUCUGCACUUUAAAUCUAUGUUCUCAUGUUGCACAGCACUCAUCUCUUGACUUUUGUUCUAUAAAUAAAUAUGUUAAGAUUGAAAA